UAUCUGACCAUCUGGGUUCAGAUAUUUCAGAAUUGUUUACAAGAGUCAGCUGUAGAGAUUUUACACGCCGAAAUGUUCCAACGGAUUUCAAUGUCUUUUUAGUGGAUUAGUUGAUAUUAGAGAGUGCGUUAAAAUUUUCAAGAUGAAUAAUAGGGAUUUGUUGAAUAUGGAGGAGACAUCCAGUAGUCAUAAGUCAAAUAAGGAGACUCUGACACCUUAUAAAAUUGGCGUUACUUUGUUGAUAAAGGAAUACUGCUUGGCCAUGCCAAAAACUCCUCAGGAACGUCGAGAUUUUUGUAUUCUUGCAUUGAAGUUGAUCCAGUCCCCUGACAUGGACUUGAAGGCUCUCAUAUUUGCCCUAUACAGCACCGAAUACGUCCUCCAACGUUUAGCAAGAAAAAUGGAGGUAGAGUGCGUGCACUUAUGCGAAAAAACGGUUGGGGUUGAGGGUCUCCUGGAGCUCUUCGACGUCCUAGCACGACUGAUAAAAUCCCCCCAAGAUCUCCCCCUUACUACUAAUGCUCUGUGCAGGAGUUCAGUAUUAGGUUUGUACGUUAGAAGAACCAUAAUAUUUUUUGAGGAGCUCUCGUUCUCGGAGGUUGCACAGCUAUACGAUGCCUUUGUCAAGGACUUCGAUGAGGCUGCAUUAGCCCUGGUAAAUGCACGAAACCUUCCGACACCAAAGAUAGACCUGGGGAACAUGAAAGAGCAAUCGAAGAAUAAAAAUAUCUGGGACUGCAGAAGGGCUGAACUUCUGGUCGCCCAGCAAGCUCAAGCGCUCCAGACAGACGAGCACAAGGCGAUGCCUCCGGCAAAACUGCAGACACUAGUUCGAGAGUUACUGUCUUGUAAUCCUUACUAUGCUGAAGCCCAUUACCUGAGUUACCUUAAUUGCCUACGAGUCAAUGAAUACUGUGGAGCCCAGGACAGCCUUUACCAUUGUUUCGAUAGAUUGGCACCUUUAGAGAAUAGAUCACUAACUGAGGACAGGUCCAGGACCUUCCGAUAUGCUGCAUUGAACUUGGCGGCUCUCCAUGCACAGUUCGAUCAUAAAGAAGUAGCUAAAGCCGCAUUGAAGGAGGCGGUUAUGAUGGCUCAGGAAGCUGGAGACAAUGUUUGCUUGCAGCUGGCACAUGCUUGGAUGUAUCAUUUGUCGAAGGAGAAUAAGAGUCAGCUGAUUGAACGUUCGGUUGGGAAAGCAAGUAUGCUGGGUAUAACCCACACAACUAGUCUGGGAUUGAUAGCCUCGGCUCACAAUUCAGCACUGGAAGGGAAAAGUCCAUCACACGUGUUCCUGACACUGAUUAAAUCCGAUGUUUUAAAUUGUCAGCAUUCCAUGAAGGAUCUCAUGUCAAUGUCUUACGCGGAGAAAGCAGCACUCUGGGCGUACUAUGGCAAAGCUGAAAUGUCUAUAGUGUCCUCACAAUUGCUACUGCUGCAUAAUUCGGGGAAUAAGAAGCAGACGAUGUUCAAUGGGUCCUCGACGUGUCAAGCUGUAGUAAACAUUGUCAAUGCUUUAGUCGAGUUCGGGGAGUACAACCUCGUGGAUGUUUUGUUGGAUCAUGCGAAAGAGAGGUUCCCUAAUGAACCAUCUAACAAGAUAUGGAUGCUGAGUCAACAAUUAUACCGAUUAACAAAAUUAAUGAGGCACGAGAAAUGGAGCGAUGCAGAAGCGAUAGCAAAUCAAAUAUCAAGUUUAGACCCUAUUGAAAGUAAAUUCCGACUGGCUGAAGUUGCACUGGCGAAAGGAGAUUACCCAACAGGUUUGGAGCACAUAAGUAACAUCGAAAAAGACGAAGACCUUAAUCCACAGAAUAGAGUCAGGGCGAUGAUUCUUUCUAGUCAGAUCAUGAAUUCAUCCAUCCUCCCAGGGAAUGGCAUCACCGGGACCAAUUCUCUAGUUUCAUUGAACGCAGCUUUGGAAAUGGCGACGAAGUAUCACCUAUCGUAUUAUGAAGCCCUCGUUAAAAUGCAUCUGGCGAAUGUACAGCUGAUAAUGGGAAUGCCGAAUCAAGCAUCAACCCUCUUAGACGAGGCAAUAGUACAAAUCCUGGCGCACGGUGGCUGGUACGACCAGGCGCGUGCCCUAGUUGUCCACGCAAAGUGCCUCGUGGCGACGGCCCCCCGAGCUACAGAGAGACGCCGAGUCGUCAUUCAAGACGCCAUAAAAGCUCUCCUCAAGGCCAAGACUCAUUUUACUAAAGUGGAAGCCUUUGGCAAAGUCAAGAACACGGUUUAUCUACUGAGUUUACUAUAUAAUGAGAUUGAUUUGAAAGCUGAACGUAAUCAGUGUGCCUUCGAAUUUCGACAGCUCGAUGAGCAGUAUCCUACUAAGUCUAAUACAUCAACGUUGUAUUAAUAUUGAUAUCUUCUGCGAAGAUGUGAAAAUGAUCGUCCUACGAUAGUCAUACGAUGUCAUAUUUUGAAUAAUUAUUUGAUUAUUUUGGCAUAGUCACUGCUAUUUACAUAAAAGAUGACGAUUCCAUAAAAUCUGUCAUAAAAAUACAAAGUCGCGACGGAAUUUAGAAAAAUGUGACAUUUUUACUGCUGUUUAUAUGGAAUAUACGAGUCGCGUAUGAUUUGUGGCACAAAAAAUGUCAUAAAAUUCAGUAACUGUCAUGAAAUUCUGAACGCUCUGACAUUGUUAUUGCUGUUUAAAUGCAGUAUGACGUUACGUCAAAUUUGUGUCACCAAAUAUGCCAUAAAAUUAAGGAUCGGCCGUGAUCUAUUUAGUUAGGAUAAAAUAGUCAUAGGAUAAUAUCAUUUGAAUUUGAAAAAUACUUAUAAUCUUGGAUUAAAAUGAAACAAGAAUUUGCAAAAAA